GUUUUCUUUUCACUUACACUUCGUCGUCCUCGUCAGCAGCAGCAAUGGAAGAUGAGCUUCUGGAAGUCCGUGAUUCCUUCUACGUGGGAGCUUAUUCGAGAUCCCUGCAGCUCUCGGAACAAACAGCUGUGAGCUCCGAUAUGGUCGCAGCCGAGAAGGAGGCUCUCAACGCUAGGUGCUAUCUAGCAGCUGGUAUGCUGGACCACAUCAAAGGCAUGCAGCAUAGUCCUAACCCAGCUCUAAAGGCUACUGCUUUGAUGGCAGUGUUCCUCCGAACCCCUCAGGAAAACCAGCGCAAGACGGCACUUGAUCGUCUACAGGAGCUGGCCACUACUACGAAGGAUCCGACUGCUCUAUACUACUAUGCAACUGCCCUGUCGAGCAGUGGUCAGGGAGCUAUGGGAGCGGUUGAUGCUAUCAAUCUUACUAAGGAAUACGCCAAUCCAGAGAUGCUGGCAGUCAGGGCUUUCCUCGCUAUAUCAAUUGAUCGACUCGAUCUGGCGGAGCGGAGCUUAAAGGAGUUGGCCAAAAUGUGUGCUGGUGACGAAUCAGCUGCGGCUAAGUACGCCAACGCAGUCUGCUCGAUCAUGAAGGGCGAUAACGAGGAGGCCUAUCUAAUAAUGACUGAUUUGGGCUCGCAGUAUUCCUGUGACGAGAUGAGCCCAGGGGGCACGGAGUCGGUACUACUCACUAACGGCAAGGCCGUGGCUAAUAUACAGCGAGGCAUGUAUCAAGAGGCCUAUGAUGACUUGAUCCGUCUCCUCCAGCUCGACCAGCGUAAUGCGGAUACUCUCGUCAAUCUUGCUUGUGCGGCAACACAUCUUGGCAAACUCGAAGAGGCACAAAAAUAUAAAGAGACUCUCCAGCAGUUGUCGCAUGUGGGGUGUGCCAAGGCGUACACGUCGGGACUCCAGGAAUUGUCCAACAGUUUUUCUAGGUUUCAAGCCUCUAAGUGAGUAGGAGUGUAUUACAAUUGAUG